AGGCCGAACUUUUCUACAAACAGUGGCUUCACUAAUGUGCUCAGCAUCUGCAAGAAAACUACCGUUAGGAAAAAAACGUAACGCAACACAAAGAAUGUGCUGGGAUGUAAAAGUACGGGGUGACGUGUCUGAUGAAUGGGUGGAUUAGAUUAUUAAUAUAUGUUAUGUUACCUGAUAAGAGUUAGGUUAAUCUACCUCCUGUCGGUAACCCAGAGUUAACGCACGUGCACGGCGUAUAUAUAAAGACAUUGUCAAUGGAUCGCCGAAUUCACGAGUCACCAUGGAAAUCCGAAGCGACACUAUAAUGGCAGCGUAUUUCAACAGCGGAGUUGGAGGUUUUAAUGCCGAGAAUGAAGAAUUUAAGCCGAUUAUUAAUAGAAAAAGCAACACAGCUGGAAAAAAAUUAAAAAUAAAGUAAAUUGAGUUUAUUUAAUUACAGUAAAGGAAAAUUGAACAUAACUUCCACAUUGUUUUGUACUAUUAAUACCAUGAGAUUCGAAUAAUAUUAGAUAUUAGUAAUAUUCUUGUUUCAAAGGUGUAAUCCUUCUGGAGCAGAGGAACGCUGUCCCAAGUCAAAAUGAAACACAAAAUCCUACAUAAAAGGACAUGAAGAAAUGAUGAGUGCUUUGGUGCAAAAACCUUAAUAAAAGUGAUUCUGACAAAUCAUGUGUCUUAAGAGUCUACCAUCUCUGUGGUUUACUUGGUUCACUACUGGAUCCUCUUGGAGGAGGGUGGCUCUCCUCGUAUUGUGGCAAUGUUGUGAAGGACAACACAACCCACUAUAUUGUCACAUGCCCUCUCUGGACUGACGCUGAGGUCACGCAGACACUGGAACCUCGCCUUCAGGAUGCCUGUGGUCAUCUCCACCUUGGCCGUGUUCUGCUGUGGGUCCGGUUGAACUGUGUCUGUGGUCCAGGUUCAGGUUCAGGGUGGGGUGUCAUUAAAUAGGUGUCUGUUAUGGGAAAAAUUGUGUCUUCCUUAUUUCUAUGCAGUUAUUAUACGAUUUAUGACUUAUGUUCUGCAAUUAAUAUCUUAUGUUUUGUCUUACUGUAUGCAUUUGACAUUUGACCUACAUUGUUCAAUGCUUGUCUCUGCCUGAUGGACUCUCAACUCUAGCUCCCAAACCCAAGGUCGGGGAGUUGUGUCUCUGUCUGUUGAGACUUGGUGCUCCUUUCUCACAGAUAGUUGGACGUCAGCGAUGCAGGUGUGAGAAUGUAAACAUCUUCACACACACUGCGACAGGGAGGAGAUGGUGCAUGUAAUUUGAUUGGGUUAGAAAGACAUUCCACCCUAGUCGGACAGAGAAGCUAAAAGGCAGAAGCAACUUUAGGAUCGUGGGCUCUUUGCAUCACACCUUCGUGGUGUGUGCACUGAUCUCCCCAGCUGGUUUUUGGUUUGUUGAUGUGCACGAUCAACAUCCAUGCUUUUUAUUUGCUUUCCCCAUUAUUUUUAUUUUCUUUAUUAUUUCAAUAAAUGGCACAAAAGGACAACUCUCUCAUCUGCUUCUUUAUGGAAAAUUUCCACCACAGUGUCACGAUCUGGGUUUUUGUUUCUCAUUUUAUUUCUUCUUUCUGGUAUCAUUCUGAAGGAAUCUGUUUUCACUUGUCAUGUUUUGGUUUCCUAUUUUAUUUUGUAGUACUUCCGGUUUCUGUUUUCAUCUGGUUAGGUCCCGUUUCACGUCCCGGUCUCAUUACACACACCUGCCUGUUAUUAGUAAUCACCGCCAGCAUUUAACCGCCACCAGUCACAUCAGUUGUUGGCAGAUCGUCUUGUGAGAGCCCCGUCGCGUCACGUUUCAUCACUAGCCUAGUAAGCUUCUGUUUUGCUUUUUACUCACCUGUGUUACCCGCUCUUUGUCGUGACCGCUGUCAGAGUUCUUGAUUCCUGGUACCUGACCGGACGAUUAUUCUUGCUUUUGGUUUGGACGUUUACCGAUCUGUUAUUAAACGAAUUACCAGACUGAGUUGGUUCUCCGGCUGUGCAUUUGGGUCCUGCAUCACGAUCACGUUCCGUUGGUCCUUGUGUAACGGAGUUAAUAUUAAUUCCACUUGUGGUCAGCUGAGGGCGCUGUCUUCCCCCCUCCGGGGUGGGGUGUCACCAAGAAGACAAGGGAGAAGAAGAAGACUGAAGAGUUGUGGCGGGGAAGAAGUCAAGAACGACGCCUGAUGACCCCACUGAAAAAAGUAGCGAUGGCAGCGUGAACGGCCAGACUGUUGUUCAGUCCAGGAAGUUUGUUUGAGUGUUUUGCACAUGCGUAUUGUUCUCUCUUUUUGGUAAAGGUUUUGGCUUCAAGGAUGCUAACUGCAUGGAGAUGAGUACCUUGUGCUAGUUCCAUAAAUAAACGUUACAACGUGAACAGACGACGUCCUCCCGACCGUCAUUUAAUAUAUAAAACACAACGCAGAGUCACUAAAGGAGGGUUGCUAAACUAACCGGUUGGACGCAAAGUUCAAUUGAGUUAGUUACAUUGGUGCCGUGACCCGACGUCAAGAUCAUUUUUUUUUCGGCGGAGGGAUUCGUCGACCGAACUCAUCGGCGCAUAUCGAGUUUUCAUCGUGUCCGCGCAGCAACGGAAUCGACGACGGACUUUGGGUGCAGUACCGGCUUCGGUCACGAGGGGGUGGUGUUAUGCCACUUUUGAGAGAAUUGUGAAAAGACACUAGCUACGGUAUCCUGCCCGUUUCGUCUGGACAGUAAGGUUGGAUAUGAAUGUUUAACUUUUUUUCCCUUUUAGGUGCAAUUGCUGUUUACUUCCUGAUUGUCUACACAUUGACUGUCACAGUGUAGAGUAUUAAGUUUCUUUUUUUUGAUAAUUGCACAGUAACAUUAAUCUGAGACUCAAUAUGGCGGGUAAUGGAACACAUGGUAGGGGGAGAGGACAGGUGACGUUCAGCCCAGUAUCGCCUGUUGGCCGUGGCAGAGCAAAAUUUCUAUUUUCUUCUGAUUCAUCCACUCCUAAACCAGUUUUCGAUGAUCUAGCUGCUAAUGAAAACAUUACAGAGACCCCACAAAGUUUUUCCCCCACUCAAGGAUUAAACAGUGAGGGCAAAACAGAGGAAUUUCUGGCAGGCAUAGCAUCCCAAAUUGGCCUCUCCAUAGGAGAAAGCAUAGCAUCUUGCAUUGAGUCACGUUUAGGCUGUGGGACAACUGGGGUUUUGAGAAACGCUUCUAUAGAUCCAUCUCUGCUGAAUGUAAUAGUUAGGUCAGACAUCACAGAGCCAGUAAGUUUUAAAGGGGACAGCCAUGACACCCAUACUGUUCAAGAGUGGGAGGCGGUGAUGUUGGCUUACUUGAAGAAGAAGGGUGUUCCCGUGGCUGAACAAGCUGAUGAAGUGUUGAGUAAGAUCUGUGGAAGGGCACGUGAGGUGGUUAAAGUAGGCAUACGGAGUAAUCCAAGCCUGACACUGACCACAGGCCCAGGUCCCAUCUUUGAAAUACUAAAGCAGCACUUUAGUGACACAGUUUCAUCUGGGAUGCCUCUAGCAGAUUUCUAUGCCACAUUGCCGACCCCAAAUGAACGCCCUUUUGACUACUGGUUGAGACUUAAUAGAGCUAUGGAGGUGACAGAAGACUGCCUAAAGAGACAAAAUAAGACAUUUGACAACCUGUGCCUUGACCUUACUGCCAUGUUCAUCCGCCAUUGCCCCGACCCUGAAUUAUCUCUCUUAUUCAAGUGCAAGCCACUACAGCAAUGGACGGUCACUGAUGUACAUGAAAAGCUUGUUGAGCAUAGUAGGGACCGGAGGCAGGUGUCCCAGCUGAGAGGGGCUACGGCGAUAACUGCCCAGCAGCAGGAAGCGGAGGCCCACACAUGCAGUGUGAAACCUGUCACUGAACAUGUUUUAGCCUCACCGCCGACUCAGGGGAGAGAUGGAGCAGCUGACCGCCUUGACCACCUAAUCACAAUGCUGGAGCGGGUGCUACAACACGGGCCACUUCAGCCUGGACCAGUUAGUAGGAAGGAUGUGAGAAAUCAGCCAAGCCAUAAAGCCAGGGUCAGACAUACAGUGUCUUGUAACGUCUGUGGGGAUGUUGAACACACCACUCACCAGCACUGCCGAGCUAACCACCUGUGUUUCAUCUGCUAUGCACCUGAUCACACACGCAGUAGCUGUCCCAACGCUAUGACCUCAAAGACCAGAGCUUCUAAUCCCACACUUCAGCAGGAGGAAAACUAGUUGGCCUGCAUGGGGUGGGGGGAAGUGCUAGGCCUGACGAGGAUCCCCUGGUGAUUGGUAGUGAAGACUCUGAGUCUGUCCAUCAGAGCUUGUGCGAGGAGAGAGAACUCGGGCGAUGUCCCAUUCUUCAAAACAUACAAAGACUGAAACCCCAUGACAAUUUGUUUUAUGAGAACGUAACUUUGGGUGGUAAAGUGUCAGUCAAGGCUAUGCUUGACAGUGGGUCUAUGGCUUGCACAUUGAGUUCUAAUGUAAUCCAAAGGCUGUUACAACAGGCUGUUAUAAAGACCCCCACUCUGGAACCCACUGAUGUUGUGUUGAUUGGUUGUGGUGGAUCAAAGACGAUACCGUCAGGAACAUUUGACUUGGAAGUUGAGGUCUGUGGUUGCAGAGCGCUUGUGCCAAUGUUAGUGGUUGAUGGACAGAGUGAAGACCUGAUUAUUGGCAGUAACCUCCUGAGAUAUUUGGUUCAAUGGCUAAAACAGGAGAGAGGUUCAGUGGACUGCACCCCAAGAGUGUCACGUAGUGGUAGCGACAGCCAGACAAAGUUGAUAAGUUUAAUGGCCGAAGUAGAUAGGUCUCUGGAUGGCCUCCCUGGCAAAGUUGGGACAGUUAAGUUAAAGAGAGCUGUCACUCUGGAGCCUAUGACUGAGCACUUAGUAUGGGGUAAACUUGAGCAUACAGGUGAUGUGUCACCUGGCUGCACAGUUGUGAUGGAGCCCACUGGUGCUAGGACAAGACCAAGGUCAGUUAUAGUAGGAAGAACCGUGGCAGUGAUGAGAAGCGAUGCGUGGCUGCCCCUGAAAGUGAUAAACCCCUUUGACAAAGCCGUUACCCUGAAGCGAAAUGCUAAAUUGGCUGAUGUGUAUCCUUGUGCAGCAGUGGAAACAUUUAACAGUCCCAGAAUGGCCGCUCAGCAGCAAAGUAACUUGCAGCAAAAUGCACAAUGGUCAUCCACCAGGCCUAUGGAGUGCUACGAUGUGCAAAGCUUAGCUACAGAGGCGUCCAGCUUACCUGAUCAUCCUCCGCUGGAGGAACACAGUAGCCAUGCUGACUCACCCCAUCCAGGAUUGCACAACAUAGGUUUGUCCGACAUAGAUGUUGACUCCUGUGAUGUGUCGUGUGAGGGCAAAGAGAAACUAGUAAGACUCGUAACAGAGUUUGAAUCCAUCUUCUCCAGAGACAGGCUGGAUUGUGGGAAAGCCACAGGCCAUCUCCACAGAAUCCGUGUUGUUGAUGAGAAGCCAUUUCGGUUGCCAUGCAGACGUGUACCUCCCACUCAGUAUGAGAAACUAAGGCUAGCAUUGAAUGAGAUGGAAGAGAAAGAAAUCAUAAGAAAAUCAAGCAGUGACUUUGCUUCACCCUUGGUGUUAGUUUGGAAGAAGUCAGGUGAUGUUAGGAUCUGCAAUGAUUUCCGUUGGCUCAAUGCUCGAACCAUCAAAGAUGCGCACCCACUUCCUCAUCCAGCCAAUGCUCUUGCUGCCUUGGGUGGUAAUGCCUUUUUCUCCACCAUGGACCUUACCUCGGGAUACUAUAAUGUGGAGGUCCACGAGGAAGACAGAAAAUACACAGCUUUCACAUCACCAUUUGGGUUAUAUGAAUAUAACCGCAUGCCACAGGGGCUGUGUAAUAGUCCUGCAACAUUCAUGAGGAUGAUGUUGACUAUCUUUGGGGAUCAAAACUUCCUUAGCCUGCUGUGUUACCUGGAUGAUGUCUUGGUGUUUGCUCCCACGGAAGACCUGGCACUGAAGCGUCUGGAGAUGGUAUUUCAACGGCUCAAGAUUCACAAUCUCAAGCUCGCACCUAAGAAAUGCCAUUUUCUGAGGAGGUCAGUGAGGUUUCUGGGACACAUUGUGAGUGCUGAUGGCAUAGCCACUGACCCAGAAAAGGUAGCAGCCAUCACCUCACUGACUGAGGCAGAUCUCAUGGAGCCGGGAACUAACAUCCCUUCACCAAGGAAGGUCAGAUCCUUCCUUGGAAUGGUGGUAUUCUACCAGCAGUUCAUUGAAGCCUGUUCAUCAAUAGCCAGACCACUGUUCAGCCUCACAACUGGGACCAAAAGCCCUCGUGGAAAGGGAAGAAAGCGCCAGCAGGUUCACAGGAAACUCACUGCUGCUGAUUGGACAGAGGAGUGUAGGGAGGCAUUUCACCAGCUGAAAAAGGCCCUGUUAGACCAUGUUCUUUUAGCCCACCCGAACUUCAGUGAACCAUUUUUGCUCUCAGUGGAUGCAUCUUGUAAUGGCCUUGGAGCUGUACUGUCACAAGUCCCAACUGGCGAGUCAACAGCCAGGCCCAUUGCUUUUGCAAGUAAGUCACUCAGCUAUGCACAGUCUAGGUAUCCUGCUCAUAGGUUAGAGUUUUUCGCUUUGAAGUGGGCGGUGUGUGACAAAUUCCACCACUGGCUGAGGGGACACACGUUCACCGUAUGGACUGAUAACAACCCUCUGACGUACAUACUGUCCAAAGCAAGGAUAGAUGCCUGUGAGCAGAGAUGGAUCGCUAAAUUAGCUCCAUUCCAGUUUGACAUCAAAUACAUACCUGGUCCUAAAAAUGUGGUUGCGGAUGCUCUGAGCAGGGAACCCUUUGUGCAGCCAAGUACAUCUCAUCGGCUAACAAGGGUGCCCUAUGCAAAACUACUGGCCGAAGCUGCCGCAGUGUGCGAUCAAGGUGUACAGGAAGCGUUCCGCUGGUCAGCUAAUCCACCUGAUAUGCCCCUUGAGGACAGCCAGCUUAUCUCCAAUCAGUAUGCAGCUGUGGCUCGACCGGGAACCGUGUCAUCACAAGAGGUGGCAGCGGUUCUCCAAGUCCAUGAUCAGCAGGAUCCCGACGUGUGUCAAUAUGCACUUUUACUGCCACAGUUCCCACAGACUGUUAAGACAUCGGAGUGUGCUCAAGCGAAAGUGCUAUCACAUGAUGUGCUCUUGGAGAAGCAGAGGUGUGACACUGUUCUGAGCAGAGUGAUCUCCUUUGUAGAAAGAGGACGGAGACCAUCAAGGAGAGAGCGUGACAAAGAAACAGCUGAAGUCAUCAAGCUGCUGAAAGGUUGGGAGAAACUGACACUUAGGAAUGGAGUGUUGUAUCGUGUGACACAGAACACUGUUUCAAAGAGGAAGCUGUAUUCAUAUGUUGUCCCACUGUCACUGCGUAUCACAGUGCUGAAGGGUGUUCAUGAUGAAGCCGGCCACCAGGGGCAGCAACGGACACUGUACCUAGCAAGACAGAGGUUUUAUUGGCAGGGUUUGAGCAAAGAUGUAGCAGAGUAUGUCAGGCGUUGCAGGAGGUGUGUAGUGAGUAAGUCACCAGAACCUGAAGCCAGGGCACCCCUGGAGAACAUCAGGACAUCAGAGCCUCUUGAGUUAGUAUGCAUCGACUUCUGGACAGCUGAAGAUGCUUCUAACAGGUCACUGGAUGUGCUUGUCGUCACUGACCACUUCACAAAGAUGGCACACGCCUUCUUAUGCCCUAACCAAUCUGCAAAAGCAGUGGCGCAUCAGUUGUGGCACAACUAUUUCUGCAUCUAUGGUUUUCCCCAGCGACUGCAUUCUGACCAGGGAGCCAAUUUUGAGAGUGCUCUAAUAGCUGAACUGUUGAGUGUGGCAGGUGUCCAAAAGUCUCACACCACACCUUAUCACCCAAUGGGUAACGGAUCAUGUGAAAGAAUGAACAGGACACUGGGAAAUAUGAUUCGUGCUCUGCCCCCUAGAGUGAAACGUAGGUGGCCAGAAACUCUGAAAUCUCUGACAUUUGCAUACAACUGUACUGCCCAUGAAACGACAGGUUAUGCACCGUUUUUGCUCAUGUUUGGCAGAGUCCCAAGACUCCCAGUUGAUGUACUCUUUGGCUCUGUCAUUGACAACCCUGAGGUCACAGACUAUGACAGAUAUGUCCAGUCAUUGAGAAAAGAGUUGAAGGAGGCUAUGGACAUAGCGCAAGCCACGGCGUCUAAGCAGUUAAAGCGGCACACAGAUCUCUAUAACAAGAAGGUGCGUGGAGCCCCAGUGGAAGUGGGAGAUCGUGUGUUGUUGGCCAAUAAAGGGGAGCGUGGAAAGAGGAAGCUUGCUGACCGGUGGUCAAAGACUGUCUAUAUUGUGAUGGACAAAAAUGAAGAGAGCCAUACUUUCAGGAUUCAGGAUGCUACCACGGAUCGGGAAAAGGUUGUGCAUCGUAACCUAAUAAUGCCAGUGAACUUCCUUCCUCUCCAGGAUCCUGACUCUGAAGAAGAGGUGGACACUUUCUCUUUAUCAGGUUCUGGAGAACUUGAUACGGAGGAGGAGACAGUUGCUGAAGUGUCUGCCGACUCAGUAGCCUAUCGCACUAGAGAAUGGGUGUCUACCAUACUAUCUGAGGCCUCUAGCAUAGUUGAUCAAAGCUGUAACACAGAGGCUGCCACCGGCUCUUCACCUAGCGAACAGGAUGAUCGUGGGCAGGCUUCUAUUGUCAGUGAGCGAUCACUCCGGAACACUAUGCAGACUGACCCUACUGGUGACAUGAUCGUGAUGACAAGUGAGGGAUGUUCUAAUGGUGCAGACAGGUUAGUUGUUGCUGAUGUUUCACCUGUUCCAAGCACUUGCGCCGACAGUCAUGGUGUAGUAAUCGAUGGUGUUCUAGAGAGGGCUGUUGUGACAGGAAGAGACCGAGUUACGACCAGAGCGGGUAGAUUUUUGAAACCUGUUUCUAGACUCAUUGAGAUAAUGCAACAGAAGACAGGUAUUGCAGUGUAAUACUGUAUGAGCAGUGGGGCAAAUUCUAUUCAUGUAUUUAUUUUCCUUUUUACAUCUCACGCUGCAUGAUUUUAAGAUGUGGUUGUUUUUGGUUUGGUCCGGAUCUUUCAGGAGAUGGGUUUAUUGAAUCUCUGAUGUCAUUUUCUUUCUCUCCCCUUGGGAAUGAGGUAUUUUACAGUUGUGAUUUGUGUGAAAUGUGUAACGGGCAUGUUUUUCACUGUGUGUGGUGAUGGGGUCUGGCCAACCUUGUCUCAUACUGAUUCCUUGAUGGAUGGUCUUUUGAUUGUGAUUGCACUUAUAACUGUAAUUUGGUAUAUGUAACCUCAUUAAUGCGAUUUGUUUUUUUAUUAUUUUCGUUUAUUGUUGUCCUUGUCUGCCUUGUGCAUAGUUGUGUUGUUCUCUGCCUGGUAUGUCAUCUUGGUCAUUCAAUUUUCUUCUCGUCAUUUUUUUCUCUAUUGCUUGUAAUACAAGUGGAAUUCAGCAGGGGGGAAUGUAACGGAGUUAAUAUUAAUUCCACUUGUGGUCAGCUGAGGGCGCUGUCUUCCCCCCUCCGGGGUGGGGUGUCACCAAGAAGACAAGGGAGAAGAAGAAGACUGAAGAGUUGUGGCGGGGAAGAAGUCAAGAACGACGCCUGAUGACCCCACUGAAAAAAGUAGCGAUGGCAGCGUGAACGGCCAGACUGUUGUUCAGUCCAGGAAGUUUGUUUGAGUGUUUUGCACAUGCGUAUUGUUCUCUCUUUUUGGGAAAGGUUUUGGCUUCAAGGAUGCUAACUGCAUGGAGAUGAGUACCUUGUGCUAGUUCCAUAAAUAAACGUUACAACGUGAACAGACGACGUCCUCCCGACCGUCAUUUAAUAUAUAAAACACAACGCAGAGUCACUAAAGGAGGGUUGCUAAACUAACCGGUUGGACGCAAAGUUCAAUUGAGUUAGUUACACUUGACAGUACGAUCUGACCGGACUUGGACCCAGCCAGCUUCCAGACAGAUCCCAGGUGCGGUUUCGUUUUGUGUUAGUUUACGUGCGCCGACUUGCCCAGCGACUUCCGCAAGUAUUUUGAGAUCCUUGCGGAGGAUUACCGGAGGGCGCCCGGUCCGGAAGCUCAGCGGAGCCCUGUGAAGAUAGCGGUGUACACCUUGGAGGAUGAGGACAGCGUGCUUGUACGCCCCGGUGUCCGCCGCCUCUGAGCGGAUGCGCGCGCGAAUCCAGGAGAUAGAGCACGCGCUCCGCACCACAUCUGCCCCCACGCCGCCUUCUCGGAUUACGUCAGCCCUGGUAGCGUUCCCGGUGUCCCCGGAUUCAGUCGACUCUUCUGUUCCUCCUUCCACACCAGAUCAACCCGUCCCGGUUUCUGUUGGUUCCAGCGAGGACGCCAUCCCAGUUUCUGUUCCCUUUUCCCAGCCUCGUCUGACCGUUGCUGCUGAACCAGCCUGCCCAGCUCAAAUCCUAACCCACUGAGAGCAAUCCCUGCACCGGUACGGUUUUUACGCCUCAUGCCCACGCUCUAGACACAGAACUGCAACCAGCAACCACAUCAGUCCCUGCGUCUGUCAUGUCAUGUCAUGUUCAGGGUUCAGGUCAGUCAUGUCGCGCUCAGGUUCCGGUCCAGUCAUGUCGCGCUGUCAGAGUUCUUGAUUCCUGGUACCUGACCGGAUGAUUAUUCUUGCUUUUGGUUUGAACGUUUACAGAUCUGUUCAACGAAUUACCAGACUGAGUUGGUUCUCCGGCUGUGCAUUUGGGUCCUGCAUCACGAUCAUGUUCCAUCGGUCCUUGACAAUAGGGCUCUGUCCCCCAGCAAGUAGCCAUUGUAGUGUCCAAUGAUUACAAUGUGCAAAACAAUAAAAGAAUACAGUAAAAACAUGAA